AUGCAUUCCUUAAAAUAUUUCCUCUUGGCUACGGCCUUCGUAGCUCAGGCAUCCGCUACAACAAAUCCUACGGCUUGUAACGCUGACAACUGUUUGAGAGCGCUGCGAGGGCUCUCCAGCAAAAGCUACGCUCAGGUUUCUUCCGAUUGCUCUAAGUAUAUAUAUAGCACGGUGGCACUUGAGGUUGUUACGGAAUACGAUACGACAACGAUACCCGUACGGGUAACUUUACCAACCAACAUUCCGUACACCACUACCGAGGAAACUAGUUUCGGGGUAGAGACCAAAACCGAAUAUGAUACCACUACCGAAAUUAGUUUCAGGAAUAUUAUGGUGACGGUCACCGGCGAGGCACCUGUACCGGCUCCUACAGAGAAAAAGCGAGCCUUGAAAGAGAGGCAUUGCACCGGCACUAGCCCUCUACCUUCAUAUGCUACGCCGUGCUCUAGCGGGGUGCGAUAUGCUAGUGCUUGCUCCUGUCUUGGAGUUCCAGCCAGUAUUGUUACCAUUGCAGCUUCAACUACAACCUCUGUUGUUACCUUGUAUAACACGGAGACACUCUAUGCCGCAAACUCGGUUGCGGUUGAUACAGAAUAUAUCACUGUCCCCGCUGGAACCGAGACCAAAACUAUAGGAUCGACGGCGACUAUCGUCUCCGCUAGUGCAACUAACACUGUGUUCGCACUGGUUGAGGUUGAAGGCCCUCAUUCAGAUGGUCGACUCUGGAUGCCCCAGGUUAUGCCCUGGUGGCAGUUCUACUUCGCUGAUACUUCUCAUCCCCUAGUUCGGGAUUCUGACGGAAGAGUCUAUUUUGGUCAACUGGGUGCUAGAUGGUACGCGUACUGCGAGCACGGUUCGACGACAGCCUUUUUUGACCCUGGUGAAGGUAACGACGCAGCUGUAGUUCACUUCUACCGACGAAAUAUCCAAAGCAGUGCUGGAGUAGUGCUAUUGGGCACAGAGCUCUAUUGUGACUUCGGCGUAAACGAAGAUAUCAGCUGCCAUUGCACAACCCCCGAAGGCGAGUGGAAAGAUUUCAUGUACGGACCUUAUGGUCUUAUUCAGCUUUCUAAACAAGGCUAUCAAUAUCAGUCUGGUGAGGGAAAACUCGUGUUUAGGGCGUAUAGACCCAGGGUUGGCGAUUACUGUGGCCCGGAAUCUGAGUUGAAUGCGGUUUGUCCACAUUACUGGGACCCUAAUAGCUCCUAUAGCUAUAAAAAGAAGAGAAACUCUAAGGUGUGGAAGAGUCGAUUAUCGGACUGA